AUACCUGUCGAGCGUCCGCAACCGCAAGCAAAGCCACAGACGAAGUCAGAGGUAAAGACCGAGGCGAAGUCGCAGGCACAAGCCCAUGGCCAUGAGCAUAGAUUGGCGAAGCUACCCCCGCCGACGGCUAUGGCGACGCGCCGAGGAAUCUCUCCAGCAACUGGGAUCGAGGAGCUGACAGCGAUCCAGGACACAGUGGCAAAGGGGCGCGCUUCAUCAUGCAUCGCCCGAAGAAGAGCCUCAGUCAGGUCAGCCUGGCGUUGGCAGGGCUUCCGAAUGUCAGCGCGGGGCCUCCUAUGGCGCGCAGUGCGAACCCAAGCAUCGGGAGUGCGAUGACCACGGGCACUGGGUUUGGAUCGACGGCUGGCUUGAGCGGUGACGACAUGUCUACGCAGACGCAUGAGCUUAGUCUCCUGCAGCCGCCGCAUCCGCAUAGUGCUCAUCCAGUCCCUGGGCCGGCGCACACGGGCCAACCUUCUGCUGCAGUAGAGGAGGCACCUCGUAGGUCUGUGGAACAGGAAAGGCCAGUGGAGGCGCGUCAGCCGAGAGCAACUGACAAACCACCUUUGACUGAACGUAGUGCGAGGCGGCUUUCCGGUUUCCCGGUCUUCGAGGAGGAUAGAGACGCGGUAGACAAGAAGCAGGAGCCUGGCGAAGUGCGCCCACGCGACAUCGAGAGGCGACCGACACAUACGAUCGCAAUGCUGACGAGCACUCGGCCACUCACUAUUAUCUCGUCGCGAGCUGCAUCCCCCGAACAGAAUACUCCAGACAACUCCUUCCAGCUCCUGGAGCGCCCGCCCAGUCCCCCACGCUCGCAUUCACGCAACACCAUCCCGUCAAUACCUGCUCCCUCACCACCGCGGCGGACGCCUUCACCCGAUCGUCAGCGUCCAUCGUAUCGCAACUCACCGCUCCCGCCUCCGCCGUCAGACUCUCCUCCGCAGUUCUACUUGUCACCGAUCCCUCCUUCCACGGACAGAGAUGUCAUUCAACCCGCACCGCUUCCACGUUCCCCUCCUCAGCAUUCGGAGCCCCCGACACCUCUGCCCCUUCCUACGCCCCGAGCCAAGUCUCCUGCGCCUCCUGUGCCUCAUCCUCACUCCCGACCAAGAGAGGCACGCGACGCUGUACCAACGGUAAUCCGCAAUGAAACCACCGUCGAGCAUGCGGUGUCCACGCGUCCCGGUACGCCUCCUAUGGAAGGCAGACAGCGCCGACGAGAGCCAAUUAGAGACGAACGCCGGAGCCGAUGCAGUCGAAUUACCUGCCCGUGCCGCAGAUGCGGCCUCAGCCUCAACCCGAGCUGCGCGCAGAUUCGCGGCCAAAGGCACUCGAGAGGCGGCGCAUCAGUACCGCGCAGAUUUCCGGACCGAUACAGACAUCCACCCCGCCCGCCGACGUACCGCAGCGCAAUCACAUACCGGUGUCUCCGCCUGUCCAGUACAUCGCAUAUAGGCCUCAGUCACCCGAACCCGAGACGCCUUACCAGUACCCUUCCUACCCGCCUCACGACUAUCCCAGAGCUCAGUCUCCUCCUCCGGUGCCGGAGUUCCGUGCUCAGUCUCCCCCACCGGCGGCGCCUCACUCUCGUGUACGAUCCCCUCAGGCGACCUCUCGCAUCCAGACUCCCGCUGCGAGGCAUGCGUCCCGGGCGCGUUCCCCACAUUCCGCUCAGGACCAUAAUACAGUCGCUCGUGGACGAAGCUGCGAUCAAUUGCAAGGCUUCGGAUCGCUGUCGCGGCAGGAGACGACACAUAGUAGUACGCAAGGCUCACAGUCUCACACCAGACAUCACGAUACCGCGCCAGCCACGCCUUCGCCGACUAUGUCCGCCAACUCCCAGCCCCUGCAGUACACGCGCGGUGACAACGUGAACGAGCCUCGGCGCGCGCGAUCGUACCAGCCGCUGAGGGAGCAGCAGCACGAUCGGCGCCAGCAGCGGCUUGUGGGAAACCUGCGGUUCGACGAGUACGCCAUACCGACGCGGGACCAGAUUAAGCAUGCUGGCUCGCUGUUCGUAGUUGCGCAGAACGGGCUGCGAGUGCAGUUCUCGGAAUUGUUCAAGGAGAGGUGCACGGUGGUCUGCUUCAUCAGGCAUUUCUG